UCUUUGUAUAUUAGAAACAUUAUGGGAUAUUUUAAGCUUCCCAGUCAGUUAAACUAAUAUUGAUUUACAAUUCAGCAAUCAAACAACAAAGGUGUUAAACUCAGUUCUGAACAUAAAGACACUGAUAAUGCAGCUCGUUCAGAAGCUGUUUAUAUCUUUGCGGCUCCAAUCACAGGACUGUUUUCUGUUCUCCUGCCAGGUCAGCCUGGGUAAACCGCCUGCUCACACGCUUCAUCGGAUCAACACAUCGACAAACACUCGCUUACGCUCUGGUGGAUUCAGCCUUUUAAUCUCUGCUCCUCUCCACAGUCAAACACUCUGCAGAUUAGUUCCCCAACUUUAUUUCACUGCAUGGUGGAGAAGGAGCAGCUAGGAAAUAUUCCAGAAGUUUCCUUAGAAGUUGGGAUUUGUUUGGGAUAUAACUGGAUCUGUUCAGCAGGUGUUCCUGAAGUAGGAGAACCAGUUCUGGAAAGGUCCGAGCAGACCGAUGGGAUCCUGAUGUUCCUGCUCCGUAACCCGACACCCGAGGGGAUUCCUGCUGCCUCCUGCCUGAAGUCAUGGGUCAGGUCCAGGCCACCACCGAUACAGAAGUGACUCUGCAGAACAUUCAGGAACUGUACCGGAAAUUCACCGAUGAAUGUCCGAGUGGAAACCUGCACCUGCAUGAAUUCAAGAAAAUCUUUGGCGUCAGCAGCAAAUCAUCAGAGGAGGAGGUGGCUUUCAUUGAACUUGUCUUUAAAUCCUUUGAUACCAAUAAGGACGGUAAGUUGGACUUCAUGGAGUACGUGGCAGCCGUGAACCUCGUUCUUCGUGGAAAACUCAUCGACAAACUGAAGUGGUCUUUUAAAAUUUACGACAACGAUGGGAACGGCUGCCUGACCAAUCAGGAAGUGAGGCGUAUUAUCAAAAUCAUCACCAAAAUUAAAUGGCAUAAUGAUUCGAAUGUGGAAACUGUCGACUACAUCUGCGACAGGAUAUUUGAGCUGACGGACAAAAACAAAGACAGUCAGAUAUCUCUGGAGGAGUUUAUUGAGGGAGCAGAGAAGGAUCCGUGGCUCAUGGAGCAGCUCCGACUGGACUUAGCGCCUAAAACCUGGUUCAUUAAAACCCAGCAGAAGAAGAACUGAGUCCUCCAGACUGCAGGAAUAUUCAGCCUUACCAUCAACAGACACACUGGACUAAACCUCAGCGGCCAGCCUUAAUGUUCAGGUUCUGUUUUUCUGGGAAAAGGUUUUUCCCAUUUUCCUUCAAAAUAAUCCAUAUUUGCCAACAGAACUUAGCAUUACGGCAGGUUGGCGCGUCCUGAUAGAGGAUCUUCAGCCGUUACUCUGGGAAAGUGGAUUCUGUCUGCUGAGCCGUUGCUCUGCAGAGCUGGACAAACGUUUUGGAUCGACACAUUUUCAUUUUUCAAGCAGAAGCCUUUUGAUCUUCGCUCGGUCUCAUUUAAAGCUUAUUCCACUCCUCUCACUGUUUGAACUUUUGCUUCAACUUUUGGAAAUUUCCAAGUUUGGAUUAAUCCAACAAUUUGUCUGUAACUGAUAACUACAGGCUUAAAAACACCUUUUACACUGUUGUGACCUCAUAUUUUAAAAAGUCUAAACAACCUUCCUCCAACAUGGAAGGUUGAUGUUUCUAUUGUACAACUUUCUGAACCACAUUUUGUCUCUUUUGCUGAACAGAAAACCCAUACGAACACCAGAACCAGGAGUCUGUAGAACCCAAACUACAAGCUCUUAGGUUUGGCAGCUCAACUUUAUUUUAUUUAAGGAUAUUUUGGUUUUAUUCACUUUCAGAUGCACACAUACUUUUCUGCAAACAGAUAAAUCAACAUUAAAAAAAAAUCAGAAAUAUUAUAAAAUAUACUUUCUGAGGUCAGUGACCAAACUGGACUCUGAAAACGUGUAGAUUUUAUUUCUGAAAAGAUGAUUAUUAUUUCAUUUGUCAUCAAUUUAAAUGGAAAUAUGACUAGAAAAUAACUGUAGAUAUGCUUUAGAUGGUUUUCACUUUGGUCUGUAACUGUUUUUCACUCUGUGCCUGUUUUAAACAAAUGAUCACAACAUGUUUUUAACCUGAAACGUUGCAAAGCUUCAUGUAGAAAAAUCUACAAUAAAACUGGGGAGCAAUUUGAGUCAUCUUAGCUGC